UGAAAAAAAUGGCUCAGACUCUAUAUUUCAGUCUUCUUGUCAUUGCUCUCUGUUCAAUAUCUGAAUGCAUUGGUCUGAGAUUAAUCCACUACAAUGGUGCACCAUCAAGGAGUGUAGUUACCUGUGAAUCCCAAACUGCCUUCCUCAACUGUUACCAGGGAACUAUAAAAGUCCUUUCAGCCAAUUAUGGGCGUACAGACAGACAGACCUGCUCUACUGGAAGACCUUCUUACCAGCUCUCAAAUGUUUGCUGCACUCAGAGUACGUCUCUAAGUGUGGUGGCCGUUAGAUGUGAUGGAAAGACGAGUUGUUCCAUUGUUGCGGAGAAUGCAGCUUUCAGGGAUCCUUGUUAUGGAACUUAUAAAUACUUGACUGUGUCUUACAAGUGUGUUGCACCUCCACCACCACAAACACGUGUACCAAAGGUUGUAGUUACCUGUGAAUCACAAACUGCCUUCCUCAACUGUUACCAGGGAACUAUAAAAGUCCUUUCAGCCAAUUAUGGGCGUACAGACAGACAGACCUGCUCUACUGGAAGACCUUCUUACCAGCUCUCAAAUGUUUGCUGCACUCAGAGUACGUCUCUAAGUGUGGUGGCCGUUAGAUGUGAUGGAAAGUUUGUUGAAAAAGCCUCACAGAUUCAGAAGGACGGAAGUUCUCCAGGAACAGAGUUGGUCACACCUGCCCUAGGUGCUGUUUCUAUCCUCAAACCGUGCAUUGAAUGUGUUCAGCUCAAGACAGUGGCGUAG